AUGAACCACAUCAAGGAAGCGCUCAUCUCGCUCUCCCCUCAGUCCUACUCAGAGGUCAAAGUUGAUUGGCGUGAGUUCGAGUCUGGCAUGCCCAACAUCUUCAUCGAGGAGGUUCACAGGCUGUUGCCGGCGCACGUCCUUCUGCUCUUGAACAUGAGACGUUUGGGCCACGGCCAGAACAGGCUUUCGUUGCUUUAUGCCAUUCCUCGCUAUGGUUGCCGCUCGCUGACUGUGCUUCUGCCUUUCUUCCCCACCGGGACCAUGGAGCGCGUGGAUCGAGAAGGGGAGGUUGCCACUGCCUCCACACUCUCUCGGAUGAUCUCGGCUGUCCCAAUGACGCCUGGUGGUCCAGCUCGAUUCCUGAUCUUUGACAUACAUGCGCUGCAGAUCAGGUUCUACUUCCAGGACACCAUCCUGCCCGUCCUGCUAUCUGCUAUGCCUCUCCUGCUGAAUCUGCUGAAGACACGAAUCUUUGAAGAUUGGGGGAAGGGAGCUGCUGUUGCUGUGGCCUUUCCAGAUGAGGGUGCCAAGAAGAGAUUUGGAGGCUUCUUUGAAAAGGUCCUCUUCUGCAGCAAAGUACGCGAAGGAGAGAAGAGAGUAGUUCGAGUUGCAGAAGGUGACCCAGAAGGCAAGCACGUCUUCAUCGUGGAUGACUUGUGCAACACAGGCGGGGAAGCCAUUUCCACCUUUGUCAGCCCCUGUAGCCUGAUGCUAAACCUGUACUUGCUGAGUGCGGCAGCUGUGCUCGUAGCUUGCCUGAGCUAUGCCGCCAUCCGUUCAACUUCAACAGACGUCUCUGUUUGGGUCAUCAUCCUUUCCAGACGAGAUGCCCUGGCACGGAGAGCAGCAGUCCGAGAUCUCUGGCGAGCUGCUAGCCGAGAGAACUGCAGAGUUUCUUUUCAGUUCCUCAUUUGCCAGAAGCCGCAGCCGUCGUUGCAUCUCGCGGCGCAGCUAGACGAGGAGCGUGAAGAAUUUGGAGAUCUUGAAAUGCUGGACUGCGAAGAAGGCUACGGCAAAGGGAGGCUGGUACAAAAAGUCUUGGCUGGCAUGAAGCACUUUUUGUCGCGGUCUGCGUCCUCGGACUUCUUCAUGAAAGUCGACGACGAUUCCUUUGUGGCCUGGAGCCGCUUGUGCCCGCGACUGCGCAGUAUUGCGCCAAGCUAUGCGUAUGCUGGAAUGCCCGACAUGGUCAACAGGACAGAUUGGUGGUUCAACAACACAGAGAGUCCCAACUAUGACCCCUGGGAGAAUUGGCCAUAUGAGCUUUAUCCUUUCCAUAUGGCUGGGGGCCCAGGAUAUCUUAUCAGUUCAGAGUUGCUUCGUCACGUCGCCGUGGAUUUUAUGACGGCGCCGCUUUCUUGGAAUGAGGAUAAAGCAGUGGGGAUUGCUAUUCAUAGGGCCAACAGUAGUGGAUUACCGGUGAGAUACCAUUACCUCCAUAUGGAUGAUGGUGAGUCGGAGGACCCUCCUUACGCUGGGAACUGGAGUGACUACCCAUAUCUAUCACAGCAUCAACUGAGCGGCGAGUCGAUACGAUGCCUGCACAGGGUGGAAGCCACAGGUGGAAAUGUUGAUGCUUGCUACAGGCACACAAAGUGGCUGUAUGAACUUAUUCAACAGCAGCGGCACACAGGGAACGACAGCUGA